AGGACGGCGUUGGAGGUGGGCCUGAAGUAAGAGCAUUAAUGGAACGAACAUCGUUCCAGGCCCGGGCGCAAGAUCCUGUGGGAGGUGAGGGGAAGGGAUCUCGAGAACAGGAUGGUAGAAGGUCGCAUUGAUCCUACUGCGCAAAAUUCUGGGUUCUGGGAUUAUAGAUCCAGGGAAGGGCUAUGAGCAGAGGAGGGACAUAGGCUGAUAGGAGGCUCCAGAGAUCUUUGGAGAUCUGCAGACCGUGGACCCCAAGACCAGAAGGUGCUGGGAGCAGGGACAUGAGAAGCAUCCCUGGACAGACCUCUGGAGACUUAGGUGGAGGGAUGCAUGCCUUUCUUCCCUCCUUCCCUUCUCUUCUUCCCUCCUCUUCUUCCCUCCUCCUUCAUCCUUUCUUCCAUCCUUCCCUCUUUCUUCCUUUAUUUCUCCCCCUUCUUCUUUCCCUCUUCUUCCUUCUGUCCUUCCGCUCCUAGGUGCUAGCACUGCAGUUUGAACUACAAGUCUCCUCCCUGGGAGGUGUCCAAGGGUAAUGGGGUCAGUAAUGGAGAGCUUGGUGGGCUGGGAGGGCCUCUGAGACCUGAAUGGCUGGACACAGGGGAGCAGCGGGAGAGAGCUGGGCGCUGAGGCAUAGUUGUCUUGAGCUGGGCCUGCAGGGUCUUGCAGGCUGAGGAGUGGAGUUGGACGUUUACUAUGAGACUGGAAAGGUCUGGGCUGCCUAGAGGAGCCAAGAGCUGUGUCCAUGGGAGUAAUGAGUAGGUGCUCGGGCCUCCUGGGAAGGGCCUGGAGGAGGCAUGGUUCUCGAGCUUGGCAGAGAGGUCCAGGUUGCAGGCUGUCCUUGGAGUGCAGCUGGUAGUGACGCUGCUCACUGCCACCCUCAUGCACAGGCUGGCGCCUCACUGCUCCUUUGCACGCUGGCUGCUCUGCAAUGGGAGUCUCUUCCGGUACAAGCACCCUUCCGAGGAAGAGCUUCGGGCCCUGGCGGGGAAGCAGAGGCCCAGAGGCAAGAAGGAGCGGUGAGUGAACCCGCAGCCUUAGGUGAGCGGCUCCCUUCUAGGAGUGGCCUCGAGGGCACAGGGCCUGCCCUGCCCUCUUCCAGGUGGGCCAAUGGCUAUAGUGAGGAGAAGCCGUUGUCUGUGCCCCGGGACACCCCCUUCCAGCUGGAGACCUGCCCCCUCACAGCCGUUGAUGCCCUGGUCCUGCGCUUCUUCCUGGAGUACCAGUGGUUUGUGGACUUCGCCGUGUACUCGGGCGGCGUGUACCUCUUCACAGAGGCCUACUACUACUACUACACGGCGCUGGGCCCGGCCAAGGAGACCAACAUCGCGGUGUUCUGGUGUCUGCUCACCGUCGCCUUCUCUAUCAAGGUGUUCCUGACGGUGACCCGACUGUACUUCAGUGCGGAGGAGGGGGGUGAGCGCUCCGUCUGCUUGACAUUUGCCUUCCUCUUCCUACUCCUGGCCAUGCUGGUGCAGGUGGUGCGGGAGGAGACCCUCGAGCUCGGUCUGGAGCCAGGCCUGGCCAGUAUGACCCAGAACUUGGAGCCACUUCUGAAGACACAGGGCUGGGACUGGACUCUUCCUCUGGCCAAGCUGGCCAUCCGCGUGGGGCUGGCAGUGGUGGGCUCCAUGCUGGGCGCCUUCCUCACCUUCCCAGGCCUGCGGCUGGCCCAGACGCACCAUGAUGCGCUGACCAUGUCAGAAGACCGGCCCAUGCUACAGUUCCUCCUGCACACCAGCUUCCUGUCCCCACUGUUUGUCCUGUGGCUCUGGACCAAGCCCAUUGCACGGGACUUUCUGCACCAGGCGCCCCUUGGGAGCACGUCCUUCUGUCUGCUGUCGGACUCGGCCUUCGACUCUCUGCGCCUCUGGGUGCUGGUGGCACUGUGCCUGCUACGGCUGGGGGUGACCCGGCCCCACCUGCAGGCCUACCUUUGCCUGGCCAAGGCCCGUGUGGAGCAGCUGAGGAGGGAGGCGGGCCGCAUUGAGGCCCGCGAGAUCCAGCGGCGGGUGGUGCGGGUGUACUGCUACGUGACGGUUGUGAGCCUGCAGUACCUAACACCGCUCAUCCUCACCCUCAACUGCACGCUGCUGCUCAAGACGCUGGGCGGCUACUCCUGGGGCUUGGGCCCGGUCCCCUCGUUGUCCCCCACCCCGUCCUCAAUCAGCGAUGGCCCGGUCAACCCCGAAGAGGUCGCGGCCCAGCAGACGGCGGCCCUGAUCGCCGGGGCCCUGGGCAGCCUGCUCACACCCCUCUUCCUCCGAGGUGUCCUCUCCUUCCUCAUCUGGUGGAUCGCCGCCUGCCAACUGCUCUCCAGCCUCUUCGGCCUGUACUUCCACCAGCACUUGGCGGGCUCCUAGCUACCUGCAGACACUUCUGCGGCCCCAAGGUCUGGUCCUGGACCAGAGGGAGCGGGCCACCCCUCAGUGUCCCCAGGUGCAAGGCGGUCCUGGGAGUCUCUGCUGCACCGGCUGGCCCGUCUCCUACACCACAGUGCCUGAGCUGUGGCCCUCCUUGGACACUGAGCUUCUGCCUUGAGAAACUGACUCCCCAGGCCCAGCCGCAGAGGUCCCAGGGCCAGCCAUCGUUCCUAGAUUGCAUGUGCCUGUUAGACUGCAGUGCAGGAAUGGGGGAUGGGGGUAGGAGGCUCUUCCGAACAAAUAAAGGAGCAAGCUGCUUUUUACAAACUGGAUCCAAGUGGUAUGGGAGGCAGCUUCCUGCAUGCUGUCCCGCCACAUGGGUGCAGAAUGGGUGGGGGCCAUGGGAGGUCAUCGGGGGCUUCAGUGCUGAGUGAAGGGAACGAUGGAGGGAGAGCAUAGGGUGACUCCAAGCAGAGGCCUGGGAGGAAGAAGUGAGAGAAGGAAAGAAGAGAUGAAAUGUAUCAAUGGCAAGAACUAAGAGAAAUGGGGGGAGAGGGAGGCGUUGAGCUCAUGGUGCUGGGCAGGGGGCCACUGUGGCUGCCACUCUCUGCCACAGGUCAAGGGGGACUGCUUUCAUAUCAAGGUCACAUACAGCAAAUGGGCACACUGUUGAGGCCGUGGUGACCCAGGGGAGGGAGGACAAGGGGCCAUUACUGACUCCAGCAUUUUCCUGCAGCUGUGGGAAACUGGUGUGUGCGCACGUGUGUAGCCUCCUGUACAUGUUCAACAAAAUUCAACUGAGUAAAUUUUAAAGGUCUUA